AUGACGGUUCUCAAGGUGGUUUAUGGGGCAUCUUGUGGCUCAGGCAGAAUCCUGGCAGAUGAACAAUCACUUCUCACAGAUUAUGUGAAGGCUCUCUGUGACGGCAGGGACGUUUGCUCGGGCAUUGUAGACGUGGACGUCUUGAGCGGUGCCAUCGGCAGCUGCGACGGCGACUUCCACGUGGUGGCUGUGUGUGAACAUGGAGAAAUCCGCUCCUAUGGUGUGGAUGGGGAGGCUGCGGGACAGGAGUUCACCAUUGACUGCAGUAGUCGGGAAAUCCCCGCCGCCCGUCAACAUCCGGACUGGAUGGGAGAGAUGGAAAAUGUUCUGGCAAACAAGACAAUCAAAGAGCUUCGUCUUGCGGGCACACACCACAGUGGCACGUUCUCAUUCGAUAUGUUCCUGUACCAUCUCGCCAAGUGUCAGAGCAUCCGGGUAGGACAGCAGCUGAUGGCGGGUGUGCGGUAUCUGGACUACAGGCUUGGGGCGAUGGAAGAAGCUUAUGGAGCUCGAGUAAUACACGGCGUCUUCUACGGACAACAAGCUCUCACGGAUCUCCUGGAGAUAUGGGCCUUCUCUCAGCUUCAUCCCAGGGAGUUCUUUAUAGUUGACUUUCAGCAUACGUCAACUCUUGAAACAUCGAUGCAACGCAAGCUGUCUGUGUGGCUGGAUGUGCUGUUCAGGGAGACGGUCAUAAACAGAUGGACAAUCCCUCUCACACGACACACAAUGAGGGAGGUAUGGGGGUCGGGAAGACGGGUUUUGUUCCUCCACGACAGACCCAGCUCAUCCCAGGUGUGGCCUCGUGGGGUGUUGUAUGCCCGCUGGCCAAAUGUGUGCACUGGGGAAACUCUAGCUGAUCACUCGGACAACGAGCUGUUCCAGAUUCACGUUCACUAUCAUCAACUGGUUGUACUUCAGUGGGUCAUCACGGUGAAGUUCCAGUGCUUGACGAGUCUUUAUGGGCGGUCCCUGGACAUCCGAGAGGAAGCCAUGCAGUGGCUCCAGCAUAACAACCAUCCGUUUACCAUCGUCCUCACAGACUUUACCCUCCAGCCACUCGAGGAGGAGGGUAUAGUGGAACAGAUCAUCGAGGCCAAUAGACAUGUGGGCACGUACUGA